CAAACGGGACGAAAAUUUUCAGCAGACUAAAUCGCAUAAUUGUACUCAGUCUUAGGGAUUCUCUACCGAUAUAAAGAUCUCAGUCAAAGUCGAGUUCAAUUUAUUGGAAUUUGUCAUCCCUUGGCAUAUAUUAGCGGAUUUUCAAUAAAUAAUCGUUUAUUGUUUCUAAAAUGCCUUGCUGGUACUACGAUCGAAAAGACGUUCGACAGAAUACCCCUUCCAGACUAAAUGGAAUAGAUUCUGAAACAGAAACUCGGUAUAGGAGAGAAGGUGCUAGAUUUAUUCUUGACACGGGAAAUGCUUUGGGACUUCCGUAUGAUACAUGUGCAACUGCUACAGUUUAUUUUCAUCGUUUUUAUAUGCUGCGGUCUUUUAGACAAUUUGAUCGUCAUGUCAUGGGAGCAACUUGCAUUCUUUUAGCAGGAAAAGUUGAAGAAACGCCGAAAAAAUGUAAGGAUGUUAUUCAUAAGGCAAAAAAAGUUCUUGCCAGUACCCAAUAUGAAUGUUUGCUAGGAGAAGACUCAAGAGAAGAACUAAUGACUCUAGAGCAAAUUCUUCUACAAACUCUAAAGUUUGAUUUAAGUGUCAAACAUCCUUACUCUUUUCUUAUCAAAUUUGCUAAACUUCUUAAGGCUGAUAAAGCAAAAAUUGAGAAAAUGGUACAAAUGUGUUGGACAUUUAUAAAUGAUUCUCUUUGUACAACACUUAGUGUUCAAUGGGAGCCAGAAGUCAUCGCUGUGAGUCUCAUGUACUUAGCGUGUAGGUUAAGCAAGUUUACUAUAACUGAUUGGGCUGAAAAAUCUUCUUCUGGACCCAAAUCGAAAUGGUGGAGCGCUCUAGUCCCUGAUAUGACCAUGCCUUUAAUGGAAGAAAUAUGCCAUCAAGUCCUUGAUUUGUAUAUGGCAAAGAAUAAAGCCGAGGCACCAUCACCACCUCCGCCGCCACCCCCAAGAAACGAACAGCCUCAGGGAACGCCUAUUCCUUCUCUCGUUGCUAGUAGGCCACAUUCUGUUGGACCAUCAUCUGUUACUUAUCCUGCACCUUAUUAG